AGGUGGCUGCGAUGGCCGAGACUGUCCGCUGCCGGCUAGUUCGGCCCUUGGAGGACCUGACGUCGGAGGAGCUCAAGAAAUUCAAGCUGUACCUGAUGGACUUUCUCCCCCGGGGCCGCCUGGAGGAGGCGGAUCGCACAAAAGUGGCGGAUCUCCUGGUCAGUUCUCUUGGGGAGGAAAAGGCGUGGGAGCUGGCUCUGAGCAUCUGGGAGAAGAUGGGCCUGAGGGGGCUGUGUGAGCGAGCCAGGAAUGAGGAUCUUGGAUUACUUCCUGCUGCAGUUCUUCCAGCCUUCUCAGAUGAAAGAAAAAAGUACCAAGAACGAAUGAGAGAGAAAUUCCAGAUCAUGAGGGACAGGAACUCUCGUCCUGGGGAGCAAGAGCUCUUUCAGCACCGAUUCACACAGUUGCUGCUUCUUCGGAAGUACCGUUACAAGGAGCAGAAACAACAUGAACUUCUAGUCCAAGGAUGGGAACAUGCUAAGGUCAUGGAGAAGCAAGGACAGCUUAUAGUGGUAUCAGCUUUAUUUGACCCUGAUCAGAACACAGGCACCCAACCACGCUCUGUUGUGCUACAGGGGGCUGCUGGUAUUGGGAAGACCACACUGGCCAUCAAAGUGAUGUUGGACUGGGCAGAGGGAAAACUCUACCAGGAGAGGUUUGACUAUGUUUUCUACCUCACUUGCAGAGAACUGAACCCAUUAGGAGAGAGAAAAAUGAAUUUUGCUGAUUUAAUUGCCAGUGAUUGGCCUGGACCUCAGGCUCCCAUGACAGAGAUCAUGUCCCACCCAGAAAGACUUCUGUUCAUCAUUGAUGGUUUAGAUGAACUGAAAUUCCCUUGUAAUGAGCACAGAUAUGAUCUGUGCAAAGACUGGAAGCAGCCGAGGCCAGUGCCCAUCCUGCUGAGCAGUUUACUAAGGAAAACUAUGCUCCCUGAAGCCUCCUUGCUGCUCACUACAAGACUCACUGCUCUGGGGAAAUUUAGUCCUUUGUUAGAGAAUCCACGUCAUGUGGAGAUCCUGGGUUUCUCUGUAGAGCAGAGGAAGGAGUAUUUCUGCAAAUUUUUCAGAGAUAAAGAUUUAGGCAAAAAAGCCUUUAGUUUAUUAGAGGACAAUGAUGCAUUGUUCACCAUGUGCUCUGUUCCCCUGAUGAACUGGAUUGUCUGUACUUGCCUGAAACAACAAGACGAGAGAGGACAAGAUCCCAUCCAGGCUUUGAAAACUACCACUGCUUUGUAUAUGUGCUAUCUCUCAAAUUUAAUCAUACCUGAUGACAAAGACUUUAUACAUCAGCACUUCAGGAGCCUUUGUGGAUUGGCUGCUGAGGGGAUCUGGGGAAAGAAACUGCUGUUUGAGGAGGAGGACCUGAGGAGACACAACUUAGAGGCAGUUGAUGUCUCUGCCUUCUUAGAUAUGAACAUUUUUCAGAAAGAUAGUGACUGUGAAAACUGCUAUAGCUUCAUUCACUUGAGUUUCCAAGAGUUUUUUGCUGCCAUGUUCUAUCUGAUGAGCUCAGACAAAGAAAGGAUAAAGAGCCCUGACUCCUCCAUUCCAGAUAUCGAAAAACUUCUGAAGGAGUGUAGCCAGCAUGACGCCAGCUUUGUGGUCCUGGUGGUGCGUUUCCUGUUUGGAUUCCUAAAUGCACAGACAUCAAGGGAGCUGGACAGGAAGUUCAGAUGUAGAAUGUCCCCAGAAAUCAAGUCACAAUUACUGCAUUGGGUUGAGGGAGAAACCAAUAGAAAUUAUGAAGAAUCCUUGUUUUCUGAAUCUAAUUUUCCAAAUUGGUAUUCUCUUUUAUAUGAGACUCAAGAUGCUGAGUUUGUGACACAGGCACUAGUUAACGUCCAAGAAAUCAAAUUAUGUCCUUACUCUGACUAUGAAAUCCUGAGUACAGCUUUCUGCAUUAAGCACUGCCCUGGAAUACAGAGAAUUUCCUUUUCUUCUACUUCUGAUGUACCUGAUGGUAUUUGGCAAGAUUUCUUCUUUGUGGUCAAGAACAAUCAGAACCUGAAGGAGCUCACGCUGUUUUGCUCUUCAUUUGUUAGUGCAUGCGUGGACAACCUUUGUGUGGGACUAAGAAAUUCAAACUCUAAACUGGAAACACUUAGGCUGGAAGGCUUCAAGGUAACUUAUUCCUGUUGUCAGUGUCUCUUCUCCGUUCCCAGUUUGAAAAGCCUGCACUUGCGUAAUACUUUCUUUGAGGAUGAUGGGAAGAAGUUGCCGUGUGAGACCUUGGGAACAAAGAAGUCUCAGCUAGAGACACUAAGUCUGGAAUGUUGUCAUCUUACCUUUACAUGUUUCCAGAAUCUAUUGUGUGAUCUCAGUAGUAAUGAGAGGCUGAAAAACUUGGAUCUGCGUGGAAAUUCCUUUGAGGAGGGAGGAUUAACACUUCUGUGUAAGUUCUUGGGAAACUCAAACUGCAGGAUAGAGACAUUGAGUCUGGCAUCUUGUUAUCUUACCUCUACGUAUUCCGAGAAUCUCUGCUCUGCUCUCAGCAGCAAUAAGAGCCUGAAAAACCUGGAUCUGAGUGAAAAUUUCUUUGAAGACAGAGGAAUAAUACUUCUAUGUAAGGCCUUGGGAAACCCAAACUGCAGGUUAGAGACACUGAGUCUGGCAUCUUGCGAUCUUACCUCUACGUGUUCCCAGAAUCUCUGCUCUGCUCUCAGUAGCAAUAAGAGCCUGAAAAACCUGAAUCUGAGUGGAAAUUCCUUUGAGGAGAGAGAAAUAACACUUCUGUGUAAGGCCUUGGGAAACUCCAACUGCAGGCUAGAGACACUGAGGUUGGCUGAAUGUACUCUAACUGGGGCUUGUCUUCAGGAUCUCCUCCCUGUUGUCUGUAGCAGUGAGAACCUAAAAACCUUGGACCUGAGUUUCAAUUUAUUUGGUAAUGAAGGAGUGAAGCUGCUGUGUGAGACCUUGGAAAAGCAGGACUGUAAACUACAAAAACUAACCUUCUUCCAACGUAACUUAAGUGAAGAAUCAGAGAGGGCAUUGGUCAACCUACAAUCAAGGAAACCUUUUCUCUUCAUUACAGAAAAAUAUGAAGAUGCCACAGGUGCAUUCCUUGAUUGGGACGCUGAAGACCCAGUGCAUAACCCUUGAUAUGCCCACUUAUUGAGUGACUUUGAACAAGUCACUUUUCUUAUCCAUUUGGAAAGGAAUUAUGAUUUUUUGUAUUAAUUCAUAGUAUAUAUGUAAUUAAUAUACUAAUAGAUUAGAUUCUUA